AUAACACGCGGGAAAAACAGCACGAGCAGUCAGUCAGCAUUUUAUUAAAAUUCUUUUGUAAUUUUUUUGUAAACAAUGGAUCCUUCUGAAGUCGAGUUUCUUGCCGAAAAGGAACUGGUGAAGAUUAUCCCGAACUUCAGUUUGGAUAAGAUUUAUUUAAUCGGGGGUGACCUGGGUCCAUUCAACCCAGGUUUGCCAGUGGAGGUGCCAGUGUGGCUGGCUCUGAAUCUCAAACAGAGACAGAAAUGCAGAAUAGUUCCUCCAGAGUGGAUGGAUGCAGAUAAACUAGAGGAGAUCAGAGAGCAGGAAAGACGAGAAGAAGCCUUUACUCCAAUUCCAAGCCCAUAUUACAUGGAACUGACCAAGUUACUUCUGAACCAUGCUGCGGACAACAUCCCGAGAGCUGAUGAAAUCCGGACUCUGGUUAAGGACAUAUGGGACACACGCAUUGCAAAACUGCGCCUGUCAGCUGACAGCUUCAUCAGCCGACAGGAAGCUCACGCCGGCCUAGAUAACCUCACACUGAUGGAGAUCAACACCACACGCAGCUUUCUGCUCGACUCUUUAAAUUACAUGUACAAGCUGCGCUCCAACCUCCAGCCCGGCUCAGGCGCUGGGAAAUCACAGGAUUACUGAGCAGAAAAAGACUGUUUUCAUCUACUAGUGCUUCUGUACUGCCUCGAACUGUUUCGUCUGAGCGGUGGUGAGAUUUCUGCAUAAAGCCUUUCACAAAGUGGAAAGCUGAAUUAAAUGUUUAUUGUGCUGUGGGACACGUGGAUACAGAGUUGCACGUUGCUGCUUGGGUAUAAGCGCUUAUGUGAAUUGUUCAGCCGUGCAUCUGGAAAAAAAAGGACUAUAAAAUAAUUUUUUUGUUAAAAAAGGCUUCACAAAUCUGUUGGCCAGAUUUUUUUAUCAAAUAGUAAGUGCAGAAA